AUGUCCCCCCUGCAGCAUUCCCGGCCAUCUCCUCUGGCCGAUGCCGGCAUCCGGGUUCUGGUCCCUGAGAGCGUCGGAACGUAUGGGACGUACGGGGGGAAAUUCAAACAUUUUAAAAUAAAACAUUACUGUUUUAAAAACAUUUCACAUACAUUUUGUCCCUACUGCUUUGUCCUGUGCCCUGCCUGCAUUUUUACUGUUCUUUCUGCCUGGAAACUGAGAAAAGUCCAUGGCGUCCAAAAAGCGUCCCUUUAGGUCGAAAGCAGUUUUAGACCGGCUAGAGAACAGUGAUAGUAAAUCAGAACCACUUGCAGAAUUGA